AUGACUAUAGAAUGUGUGUCAUUCUCAAAACUUUUGGCCACGGCUGUAUACUGCUUAUAUCAAUAUAACAUUAGCAGUUUUAUCAUUUUUAUUAAAAGAUGGAGUCACACUUUAAGUUGUUCUCUUCCAGCCUAUUCCCUGCAAUGUUACACGUGUGUCGCUGCGACCAGCAACAGCAACUGCAAGACAGCGACUAACUGCACUUCCGGAUUAACCUACUGCGAGACGGACGUAGCAAGUGUUUCAGUCGCUGGAAUUUCUACAACCUCAAUAACCAAGUUCUGCUCGGCCAGCUGCACGGCUACCAGCCUCAAUGCCUACGUGGGUUCCACCUCUACGUCCUGCUGCACCACUGACCUGUGCAACACCAGCGGAGCCAACAGCAUCAAGUCCAGCUAUGCCGCCAUUUUCCUGGUGAUGGGAACCCUUGUGAUGUUCAUGAGCGGCUCCCUUCUCUGAUAGAUGAUGUGAGAUAACAGAUUGUCCAACCUUCAUCAAUAAACGGGUUGCAAUAUAAAAGC